AAUGCAACCAAGCCAACUGAAAGACAGCAUCUUGAAGUUGCACAUGACGUUCACUGGUCUGAACUUUAUAAUCUUUGGUACUUUGACAUUAUCCACUGCGCGAUCAUCAAUCCCAUACAUAAUCUUUUCUUAGGUACUUCCAAAAGAAUGCUGGAGAGAAUGGUUGCAGAUUGA